GACGAUGCGCCGCAAGGCCCUAAGGAACAGAUUCGUACCGUGACCUCACUGCACUUUGAGCCCAUGCUACAGUCAGCCGCGUAUGCAAGUUGGUUUGAAGACAAUCUUCGCUGCACCAAGCCAACUUUCCUACGUAUUGCUGGUUUACUACGAGAUCAAGGUGUUCUGUUUGCUGCUGCCAAAGUACGGCAGCAUAGCUUUGAGAAGAAAGUCGCAGCCGUGUCAAAACGAGCCCGCAGCAGGGCAUCAGCUGCUGCAGUCGCCCACGCAAAGGAGGGUUGCUUCGUAGCGAUAGACGUUUCACCAGUAUUGGCCUUCUUCUUCUGA